AUGGGGAGAUGGUGCCGGCUCGUCCUGGUCACCUUUGCCGCCGUCGUGUUUGGAGCUCACGUCAGGAUCACCUUACAUUGUACUCGAGCCGAGGAUUUGCCGCCUAUCGCAAUCAUCCUGGCAAGUCCACGCCGUUUGUCGACAACCGAGUCCAGUAAGCGGACAUGUUUCUCCGACGACGUUCAAAGCAAUUACGAUAUGGGAGGAAAGAACAAACCAAAAAAUCUUCUCGGCAACAUGGGUUUCAGGUCAAAGCGGCGUCGAAAGGCUGCCACUCCCCCUAAGAUCACUCCUCAACAAGCCCAAUCGAUCUCGGCUUCUCUCGGCAUCACUAACCAGCCUGUUCACGGUUCGAAUGCAAAUCUCAAGGACUCACUCAAUGAUCCCGUAUUGGCUCAAUACAUGCCUUUUCCGUACCAACCAGAACCCUCUACUCCUCCGAUCCCUGACGAUGCCGAUCACUUUGCUCAAGAAAGUCGUGAAUAUUGGAAAGAAGAGGCUCGAAGACGUCAAAAACUUCAGUGGAAAGAAAUUGAAGUUCCGAUGACUGCUACUUAUCUAGAACUUCAGCAUAAAACAAGGAAUUGGACUUCUGAAGCCUCGUACCUCGAUCAAAAUAUACACUGUCAAUGCUCCGAUUCUGAACUCACAUUGCAACCCCUUGAUCUUAUCGACAUCUUAGGAUUUCACAGCAAAACCUAUAUUUCUUUCUUCAACAUGUAUCGAUCAAUCAUGCUCUGUACGAAGAAAAUUUAUAACGAAGGCCUCACACUUUCAAACGCUCAACUAUUGGCUGAUCGCUGUGGUAGAUGUUUUGGACCAGCAAUUAAUGAAGAACAUUUACCUCAAGAGCCACAUGUUAUUGUUGCUUUAGAUGGUAAUUUUCAACAUAGGCAUUACACCCAGUCAAGCAAAGAUAAUCCUACCGAAGACGAGUAUCCGGAGAUUUUUAUAAAACCGUCUGAUAUGAAAAAGCACGAGAUUCUUCAGCAUUCGACCGAAGCCCAAGCCAAGAACAUUAAGGUAGGAAUUACAAAUUAA